AUGACCAAGCCAGUCGCGGUGAUCGUGGGAGCUGGCAUCGCCGGCCUGUCCGCCGCAUGGUGGCUCGACAAGGCCGGCUGGACGUCCGUCGUGGUUGAGCGAGACGACGCCCUCCGCGCCAGCGGGUACUCGAUGACCAUCUCGGGGCUCGGGCACGAGACGGUCCAACACAUGGACCUCCUGGCCGAGCUGCAGUCCGUGUCGCAGCAUUUCGAGUACAACAUCAUCAGCGACGGCUACGGCAGGGAACUGUGCCGGAUCAGAUACGUCGACGUGCACGGCGGGGGUUUGGAAGCGCUGCCCGUGCGACGCGACGAGUUGGCGCGCCUCCUGGCGAAGCACCUCCCUUCCGGCGCGUCGAUCCGGUUCCGCGAGACGGUGCGCGAGUUCGCCGACCAAGGCGACAAGGUGCGCGUGGUCCUCGCGGGCGGCGACACGAUCGAGGCGGACCUGCUGAUCGGGGCCGACGGGUUCCGGUCCCAGAUCCGCCGCAGCCUCUGGAAAGGCCGCGAGGACGACUUCCUCGAGCACCUGGGCUACUACUACGCGGCGUACAACUUCAGCAACCAGCAGACCGAAUCCCAGCAGGAUCACGACUGCUACUCGUUCAACCGUCCCGGCCAGCUGGACAUGCUGUUCUCGCUGCGCGACAAGGGCCUGACGUGCAUGAACAUCUGGCGCGAGGAGCGGGAUCUGUCGACGACAGGGACGUCCAAGGAGGCCAAAUUCGACAUCCUCCGCCAAGUCACGGCGCAGAGCGUGCCGCAGGUGCGCGACGCGGUCGAGCAGGCCGAGCAGGCCGACGCGCUGGUCACGCUCGACAGCCUCACGCUGGUGACGCUGCCGCGGUGGUCCGAGGGGCGGGUCCUCCUGCUCGGCGACGCCGCGCACUGCCUGACGCUCCUGUCCGGGCAGGGCGCGGGCAUGGCCCUGGUGUCGGCCGAGAUCCUGGCGAAAGAACUCCAAAAGGACCCCGACGACGUGCUCGCCGCGCUGCGCAACCACGAGGCCAAGCUCCGUCCGGCCAUCGAGCGCCUCCAGGCCCGCUCGAAGCGCAUGGCCGACAUGUUCAUCCCCAAGAGCUCCCUGGCCUACUACUUCCGCAACCUGGUGCUGAAGGUCCUGCCGUACUCGUGGAUCGUCGGCUUUCACGUCAGUUCCGUCAAGUCGGAAAUCGACCUGACAUGA